GCAUGAGGAGAGUGGAGUUGGGAGAGGAAGAGAGAUUUCUGGGAGUACUCAUCAGCCUUCAGUUCGAAUCCACGACACAGGGCUUACUCCUGCAGCAACGCAUGGAAGCAAGGCUCAAAACAUUGCAGAGCGGAUUCUGAUGGCAGAAUGGGGACUAAGCAGGGCGCAGGACGUCUGGGACUGCUUCUUUAUCCCGUCCUUCCGCAAGAAAAGGAUCAAGUCCAGAUUCUGGGAGCCAAUCAGGAAAGCAUGGAAUCGUCUCCCACCGGAUCUGCAAAGCCCCCCCCGCACGAAGGACGAGUGCUGAAGCAGCUGCUGUUCGAGAAUCCGGAGGUAAAAGACAAAAGACAUCCUUUCAAAGCCGACGGGUCCACAGGCUCCUUUGGCCAAACUUGGGUCAAGCGGGGCAUAGUCCGAAUUUCGGAUCUAUGGUCUAAGUUGCUGGGAAGCUGGAAGACCCUGGAGGACAUCAAGCAACCGCUCAGAGGCUUGCAGAGGGUGGAGGAUAAUUGGAGGAACUUAAUACAAGGCAUACCACAAGAACGGCGUUUGCUACUGGGACCAGAGGGUGUGGAUCCGGAAGACACCUGGUACGUCCCAGACCACGUGGAAGAACCAAAUGUGCUGUGGAAAGUUCGCGAAAUUCUUCCCAGCGGCUUCAGACGCAUCGAACGAUGGCGCUGCGAAGGCCCUGCAAACGUCCUGAUUCUGGUGGAGCAAGACACAGUAUUUAGCUGGAACAACCCAGCACAGGCAAGAGUUCUGGAAGUGCGUGGUAAAAGACCCUCGGCUCUGACCCUCACUUGGGUAGGAAGGCUGCCGAUAAACCAGCUGUGUGUGGACCCUUCAGCGUGGAGAGUCAGGUGGGGAGACAGCUCUGAGCAUCGGAGAAUACUCGGUCUCCCAGGGGUACCGGCAGCUAUCACGGAAGCUAAAGUCUCCAGCGCAAGUAGCAAUUCCACGUUGGCAGGCAGUUCGGGACGAAGACCUGUCGGGCGCAGAGGUAGAGUUCGAGAGGCUGUGGGAAAGCCUAGCAAAUCUCCCGAAUGGAAAGCAGGUCACUAUUCUUGGGAUGCUCUCCCUUCUGGUUUCCCCCUCAGCAGUCUGGUUGCUGAGCAGGGGAAUGGUUGUAAGCCUUGCGUGCACAAGAUGUAGGUGGCCAUUCGAGUCCACCAGACAUCUGUGGUGGGAAUGUCCAGCCUCUAAACGUAUCUGGAUCUGGUGGCAACACCAUU